AUGACUCUGGAGGCUGUAGAUCUUUCAAAUGUAUCCAUUGACUAUACAGUGCCUGAUAACAAUUCUCCUGAAGAAGCCAACAAUGGGGCGAAAUAUGUGGAUUAUUUUGUAGUGAAGAAGUCUAGUGGGGAGCCAAUCUCAGGAGGAUGGAGCAGAGCCCAGAGCCCCACCAUGGUGCCUCCCCCUCCUUCUCCCAUACCUGAGAGGAACAAAGAGCUGAAGAUCCUGGAACUGACCACCAUGAUUGUCCAUCUUCUGACAGGAGAGUGCGGGAAAUGUUUUUUACACACUUCCAGUCUUAACUCACAUCAGAGAUCUCACACAGGGGAGAAGCUGUAUUCCUGUUCUGAGUGUGGUAAAUGCUUUUCACACAAUUCCAGUCUUAACUCACAUCAGAGAUUUCACACGGGGAAGAAGCUGUAUUUCUGUCUUGAGUGCGGGAAAUGUUUUACACAGCAGUCUAGACUUAACACACAUCAGAGAUCUCACACUGGGGAAAAGCCAUUUUCCUGUCUUGAAUGUGGGAAAUGUUUUUCACACAAUUCCAGUCUUAACUCACAUCAGAGAUUUCAUACGGGGGUGAAGCCGUAUUCCUGCCCUGAGUGCGGGAAAUGUUUUUCAGAGAAGGCCUAUUUUUACAAACAUCAGAGAUCGCACACGGGGGAGAAGCCGUAUACCUGUCCUGAGUGCGGGAAAUGUUUUUCACAGAAGUCUAGUCUUAACACACAUCAGAGAUCUCACACGGGGGAGAAGCCGUAUUCCUGUCCUGAGUGCGGGAAAUGUUUUUCACUAAAGUCCAGUCUUAACAAACAUCAGAGAUCGCAACACGGAGGUAGAUCCACUUUCCAUUUCUGAUUGGCAGAAGUGUAACCCACAGAAAUCCUCUGUUUACAGACAUCAGAGAUCUCACACGGGGGAGAAGCCGUAUUCCUAUCCUGAGUGAGGGAAAUGUUCC